UGAGAGGGAAGUAAAAUGUUUGUCAGGUAUUUCUCUUCCGGUCAUGGGCCUCAGUUAGAGUUAUGACGGCUGAUCAGCGGGCUGAACUCCUUAAGCGUGUUAUUAACGAUGGCCCGCACAGAAAACUUUCAUUCAAGGAGUGUGAGGAGAUUGCUAAAGAUCUGAAUUUGACUUUGGAGCAGGUACUUCGAGUCUAUUAUGAUAAGCGACAACGAAGACUUACCAGAUUUGAGCGAGCUUCAGAUGCUGGAAAGGGCGAAAUUCAACCAAAUCAAGGUACACCUGCAUUAUCUCCAAAAAAAAGGAAAAGAUCUGUAAAAGGGAAAUCCUCAAAGCAUACCGAAGCUGGCACCGAGUUUGGACGGCCCCAUCAGACGUUUAGCCAGAUAAUCAAUGAGGAACAAAGCUCUUUCCUGUCUACUUCUUGCCCACACACAUGCAGCUUGGAGGAAUAUCACGCAAGAGAUGACGUGGUAGCUGCUGAAGAAUCAGAAUUACCUGAAGAUGACAGGGUAGGACGUGCUUUUCUUGCUAAAUGUGCCUUGUCAAGAGUAAAGCCUACACGCAGGGGAAAGUUUCAUUGGACAGAUGAUGCAGAUAGGGAACUGGUGAUCGAAUAUGCAAGACACCGAGCUUCUCUUGGAGCAAAAUUCCAUCGUGUAGACUGGGGAAAACUUCCAAAUCUACCAGCACCACCUGAUUCCUGCAGAAGGAGAAUGUCGGCGUUAUUGAGAACUAGUCCACAGUUCUGCGAUUCUGUCAUGAGACUGUGUAAUGUGCUUAGUCAACGUUAUGUGCAUUACCUUGAGAAAUUCCAAAAUAAAACAUUGAACGAUGAGGGUCACCAAGCAAUGCAAUGUGAUUUUUUUAAACUUACCUCAGACUUCCUCUCUCAAGAGCCGUGGGAUAACUUUGAUGAUGCCAAUAUAAAAUUGGCCCUGGAUGAUGCUCUGCGAUACAAAAAGAUUGCCAAAUCGGCGACCGUGAAGGAUGUUCAACCUUUCUUUGAUAAGUGCUCAGAUGUUAAUACCGAUGAAAGACAUGUUUCUUAUGGUCCUCAAUCAGUUUUACCACUUUCUAGUGGCCAAUAUGUUGAAAAUUUUCCUGGAAAGACUGAAGAUUCUAGUGCACCAUUAAGCUCAAAUAGGAUCUUGCAGAAGUAUGUGAAACUUACAAUUGGCGGUACCGCCAUUAGCAAACGGUUAUAUGAAUCAGUAGCUGUUGCUAGUGCUGCAGAGCUAUUUAAGCUCAUCUUCCUCUGUAGUUCAAAAUCUCCGCUUGUGCCGACCUUGCUUGCUGAAACUUUAAGGCGCUAUUCUGAGCAUGAUCUCUUUGCUGCUUUCAACUACCUCAGGGACAAAAAAGUUUUGAUUGGGGGAAAUUCCAAUAGUCCUUUUGUCCUUUCUCAGACCUUCUUGCAUUGUAUAUGUAUUUCUCCAUUCCCACCUAAUACUGGAAAAAGAGCUGCUAAGUUUGCUAGCUGGCUUUGUGAAAGAGAGAAGGAACUGAUCGCUGAGGGGGUGGAUAUUCCAAUUGAUUUGCAGUGUGGAGAUGUUUUCCACCUCUGUGCUCUACUUUCUUCAGGAGAACUAUCAAUUGCACCAUGCCUACCGGAUGAAGGUGUUGGAGAGGUUGAGGAUUCCAGAGUAGCUAAACGUAAAUACGAUGACAGUGAAUUUUCUGAGAGUGAUACGUAUAAAAAGUUGAAAACUUCAACGGCUGGUGAUGGUGAGAUUUGCUCGCGACGUGCAAAAGGUUUUCCAGGAAUUAGGUUGUGCUUGAGGCAUGCUGCAUUUUCAAGAAUAAAAACUAUGGAUUCACUCAAAGACAUUGACAAAUAUAAUCGCAUACUAUCUGUUGAAGAGCAUCAAGCUGUUACUACAUCAGGCGCUGAUCUUGGCAGUGCCUCAUUCGGCCCAGAUGACCAAGUAAAUGAACUUCAUGAUAGUGGGGUCCCAUAUACUGCAGUUUCUCCCACCGAGUCACCAUGGCAAGCCAUGACUACCUAUGCUGAACAUGUUUGUUCUUUCGGUUCUUGCCCUGAACAGAACUCUCUGGUACAUCCAGAAAUGUUUAGGUCUGUUUAUUCUGCUAUUCAAAUGGCUGGUGACCACGGUUUGUGCAUGAAAGACAUCUCGAAGAUUCUAAAGAUGCAGGAGAAAAAGGUUUCGGAAGCUGUUGUUGAGGUGCUAGAAGCAUUUGGACGAGUUUUGAAGGUCAAUGCCUAUGAUUCUAUUCGGGUGGUUGAUUCUUUAUAUCGUUCCAAGUACUUUUUGACUCCAGUGGCUGCUAUUCAUCAAGAUGCUACAUUAUCUUCUUGUGGAGAUUCUGAGGCUAAAGUCAAUGAGUCUAUUACCCACAAUGGAGAAGAUCAUAAAGAUGUUGAGUUGCAGAAGGAAAUAAGUGGGAAUUCUGAUAAGGUACACAAAAUCACAAUUCUUAAUCUUCCUAAAGCAGUUGCCGAACCUUCAAGUGAAAAGCAAGCCAUCAAUGAGGCCAAAGGUUGUCGCCAUACUGAAGCUAGUUCACCCACAAGAAAUCACCCAGAAGAACCAUAUGAGCUCCGCUCUAAUGGUUUGCAUUUGUGUAAGCCAAUAUUGCCUUGGCUAAAUGGUGAUGGUACAACAAAUAAACCUGUCUACAAGGGACUUGUACGCCGUGUUCUUGGCAUAGUGAUGCAAAGUCCAGGAAUAGAACAGGGUGAUAUUAUCAGGCAGAUGCAUGUUCUGAAUCCACAGAGUUGCAGAAGUUUGUUAAAUAUGAUGGUUCUGGACAACGAUAUCUUUAUGCGUAAGAUUCCUCAAACAAAACCAGCUGAAGCCCCAAUGCUUCUUGGUAGUCUUCUUGAUAGCCAUUUCAAGAAGGCGAAGUUAAUUUCAAGGGAGCAUUUCUUCGCAAACCCCUCUAGUACACACCUGUUGUAAAGAACAAUAAGUACGUAAUUAUGUGGGCAGACGUUGGAUCUAGUUAUUUAUUUGUUCUUCGCUUUGUGUCUCCUAGUGCGGAAACAACCUCUGGGUUCAAGUUUGCGUACACACCUACUUGUGAGGACUCACUGGGCUUGUUGUUAUUGGUGUUGUUUUUUGUCUCCUAGUAGUUGUUUUGGAAUGAGGCGUAUUAGUUGUUGUAGUAGUCUCCUCGUUGAUCUUUGUAUAGUAAUUUCUCUUGGAAAAAUGCUCAACUUGUAGGACAUGUUCAGUUGACGAACCCCUUUAGUUUAUUUAUAGCCUUUUUGGCCAA